AUGAGGCAUCUCCAGAUCCCACUGGAUCAGACUCAGCCAAUGGACAAGAGGAUGAUCAGAAUGAUGACAAGACUUCUCCCCCUCAGGAUUCUUCUUCUUCUCAUCAUUGCCAUAAACCUGCCACCCCAACCUGUCCAAUGCAUUCCCACAACACUGGUGUGA